AAACCCCAAAAAUAUUUCUCAGAGAGGAGAAGCCAAUUUUUCCAUUUUAUUUAUGAAUUAUUGUUGCACGACAAAAAAGAUGACUAGAAGUCAACAAUGAUAGGAGCGACCCCCAACCACCACCACCAGCGGUUGUUACAGUCAACAUCUGAAGAAAAUCAAGACCAUCAUCUUCAAUCAGAGCUACUAGCUUCAUUUGAUACUGCAGCAAGUUAUAAUUCUGUUAAGGAAGCUUUGGUUGAGUGCAAGAAGCUAUGGCAAAUAGCAGCUCCCUCAAUCUUUGGCCGAUUGACUAUGUUUUCCCUCACUGUUGUUACCCAAUCUUUUGCCGGCCACCUCGGUCAACGCCAGCUCGCCGCCAUCUCCAUUUCCACCACUGUCCUUAUCUCCAUAACCUUCGGCUUCUUGCUUGGAAUGGCUAGUGUGCUCGAAAUGCUUUGCGGACAAGCCUACGGAGGAAAGCAAUACCACAUGUUGGGUAUAUAUUUGCAACGUUCUUGGGUAGUAUUGUUCUUAAGUUCUAUUUUCCUUCUCCCGAUUUUUAUUUUCGCGGAGCCAAUACUAAAGCUCACUGGUCAGCCAGCUUCAUUAGCCGAGUUGACCGGUCAAAUGGCGAUCUGGCUGAUUCCUAUGCACUUGAGCUUCGUGUUUCAGUUCACUUUGAUGAGGUUCUUGCAGUGUCAGUUGAAGACCAAUGUCGUUGCAUGGGUUUCCGGUCUCGUACUUGUCUUUCACGUUUUACUGAGUUGGGUUUUCGUUUAUAAGUUGAGGGUCGGAAUUGUCGGGAUUGCACUGACUCUUGAUUUCUCUUGGUGGAUGUCCGUUUUGGGAAUGUUUGUAUAUAGCGUGUGCGGUGGUUGUCGUGAUUCUUGGACGGGUUUUUCGAGGGAAGCUUUUGUCGGUCUUUGGGAUUUCUUCAAACUAUCUCUUGCUUCUGGUGUAAUGCUCUCGUUGGAGAACUUCUACUAUAGAAUGUUGGUCGUAGUUUCGGGCAUUAAAAGUGCGGAGGUUGCUGUCGAUGCCUUGUCUAUAUGCAUUACUUUCUACGGAUGGGAGUCCAUGAUUCCGUUGGGACUAUUUGCGGCAACGGGGAUUCGUGUAGCGUGCGAAAUUGGGGCAGGAAAUGUAAAUUCGGCAAAGUUUGCGGCUAAAGUUUCGGUGUUGAACUCACUAUUGGUUGGCUUUUUAUUCUUCUUAAUAAUCAUUGCUUUCCCCGACAAGAUUGCUUUGAUCUUCACAUCGAGUUCGUCUGUUAUCUCAUUCGUCGAAGAACUAGCAUUCUUAUUGGCAAUAACCAUUCUCUUUAACUGCAUUCAACCGAUUCUUUCAGGGGUAGCAGUUGGAUCGGGUUGGCAAGCAUCGGUCGCAUAUAUAAACAUCGGAAGCUAUUAUCUUGUUGGAGUGCCUCUUGGGAUAAUCUUGGGAUGGUUGUUUCAUUUCGGAAUAAAGGGCAUUUGGGCUGGAAUGAUAUGUGGGACGAUUAUUCAGACAUUGAUUUUAGGCAUCAUCACAAUUAAAAGUCCGUGGGGAAAUGAAGUAAAAAUCCGUCGCAAAAUCAGCCUGCUCGUAAGCUAAAGACGAAUAUGCUGCAUUUAACUCCCAUCGAAGAUGAAGCGGAAAGAAAUUUGGCAAUGCACAUGAAAAAUUCGUGAUGCAUUUUCCUGAUAUUAUUGUACUGAAUGAUUAACUCAGUUGAUAUUUUGAUAUUGGUCAGACAUGCAAGAGAAGUUUCCUUUUA